UGUAAUGACGUCAACAGUGUCACUUGUGGAUAGCCGGGGCGCCGCAUUAACCGCAAUCUGCUCCAGGUAGUACACUAGACCGGGCUGGGAAGCGCAUCACGGUGUAACAAAGGUGCAGAUUCUUUAGCGCUGAAGGAUAUUAUCGCCACGGUCUGGUUGAUUAAACCGGUGACCUCGGGAAUUCUGUCUAUUGUCUCCAUGCACGAUGACCAUUAGCUAGCCAGCUGGGCAGUGGAACCCCUACCCCCACUCCCAACCCAUCCGCUAUCCCACCUGCAACCAUGAAUGGUGGUGUGAAUAUUUGGGCCAUCACACCAGAGGAAAGGAGCAAACAUGACCGCCAGUUUGACUCGCUCACCCCUACACUCGGAUAUGUAUCAGGAGAGCAGGCACGACGGUUUUUCAUACAGUCAGGCCUUCCUGCUUCAGUGCUGGCAGAGAUCUGGUCUUUGGCGGACCUGACCAACGAUGGGAGGAUGGACCGGUUGGAGUUCUCCAUCGCCAUGAAGCUGAUCAAGUUGCAGCUGCAGGGUCAGGCCCUGCCCCCCGCGCUGCCCGACAUCAUGAAACAGACGCCCACCCCUUCCAUUCUGACCUCAUCAGCCCGCUUCGGGAUGGGUUCCAUGCCCAACCUGUCCCUAAUGCCCACCGCUGCCCCCUCCGCCAUCCCUGGCCUCGUGGCCUUGCCUAUGGGGUCCACCCUGGCACCCCCUCUCAUGCCCCACGGGGGCAUCCCCCUGCCCCUGAUGCCCACGUCGCUGAGCACCCCUGCCCUGCCCAAUGGUGUGGCCAUGGGAUGCAGCCUGCUCACCCCCUCGUCUGUUGCCGUGACGACAGCUCUCUCUACCUCGACGUCCUUCCCUGCUGGGACUGGUUUGAGUAAAGCUCGCUCUCUUUUGGAUUUGGGCUCGAGCAGCUCCAACUCAUCCUCCACCACCUCAUUGUCCAGCAUCUCCCCCAAGAAGGGCCUGUCCGACUGGGCCGUUCCCCAGGCCGCACGGCUCAAGUACCGCCAGCAGUUCAACAGCCUGGACAAACUGAUGUCGGGGUACCUGUCAGGACCUCAGGUUAGGAAUGCACUGACUGCUUCAAACCUCACUCAGACACAGCUCGCCACCAUCUGGAAUCUGGCCGAUGUGGACCAGGAUGGGCAGCUCCAGGCUGAUGAGUUUAUUCUGGCCAUGCACUUAGUGGACCUGGCCAAGACCGGCCAGCCUCUGCCACUCUCACUACCACUUGAACUAGUGCCCCCCUCCUUCAGGUCCCUGAGUAGGAGCAGUGAGAUGGUAAAUGGAACGGGUCCUCCUCUUUGCCCUGGAACAGUUGAUCUCCUUGAGUCAGAGCAGUCACAGAAGACCAAAAAUAACGCGGUGUCGUUCGAGGACAAGCUGAAGGCCAACUUCCAGCGGGGCAGUGCGGAGCUGGAGAAGCGCAGGCUGGCCCUGCAGGAGGAGAGGAGGCGCGAGGAGGCGCGCAGGGAGGAGGUGCGCAAGGAGGAGGAGCGGCAGCGGCAGAUGCGGGAGGCGCGCCACCAGGAGGCGCUGCGGGCGCAGGAGCAGGAGAGGAGGCUGCAGAGGCAGAGGGAGCUGGAGCGCCAGAGGGAGGAGGAGAAGCGCAGGGAGCAGGAGAGGAUGGAGGCGGAGCGUGUGGAGCUGCAGAGGAGGAGGCAGCAGGAGCAGGAGGAGAUCAGCCAUCUGCGAGCUCGCAGGAGGAGCCUGCAGCUGGAACUGGAGGCUGUGGGCAACAAGCACAAGCAGAUCUCCGACUGUCUCCGCGACGCCCGGAGCAAGAGGCAGGUCCAGAAGGCGGAGCUGGACCUUGUCAAUCAGAGGAGAGAUGGGAAGAUUGCCGAGAUCAGCUCCCUGCAGAUUCAGCUGGAGGACUUCCAGAAACAGCUGUCACAGCUGGUCCCAGAACAGCUCAAGCUGAAGGAGAGGCUGAGGACCGUUGGCCUGAAUAACUCCACCUCUUCAACGAUGACCUCGAUGAAGAACAGUGUGUGUGUGAGGCAGCUGGGCUGCAGGAAGCUGAAGGAGCAGCUGGACGCACUGGAGAGAGAGACCACGGCCAAGCUCUCCGAGAUGGACCAGCACAGCAGAGACCUCAAGUUCGUAGAGAUGGAUGACACUGUGCUUCAAGGUCUGCUCUCUUUGCUGGGCUGCCUUACCAAUCUCUUCUACCUAAUGAAGGACUUGCGAGAGAAACGGACCAAGCAGCAGUCAGUUCUGGAUGGACUGAAGCGGAUGAAAGAGGAGAAAGUGAAAGAGCUGCAGAGACAAAGAAAAGAGAAGGAGGAGCAGAAGAAGAAAGAGGAGGAAGAGGCUGCGAGGCGUGCCCAGCUGGAGCUGGAGCUCCAGAGAGCGGAGGAGGAGAGGCAGCGGCAGCUACAGCAGGAGAGGGAGGCUCAGCUCCGGGAGCAGGAGCAACUCGAGGCCCAGGCUCGCCUGCAGCAGGCCCAGGAGCAGGCCCAGGAGGAGGAGCGCAGCAGGAGGAGAGAGAGGGAGGAGCAGGAGAGGAGGCGAGCCGAGGAGGAGCAGGAGAAGAGGAGGAAAGAGGAGGAGGAGGAGGGGGGAGUGGAGGCGGUCGCUCGGCAACCAGACGUGCUGCUGCUAGGGAGUGGAGUGACGGAGGACCUUCAGGCUCAGCUCUCCGCUCUGUUCAGAGGGGUAGAGGACAACACAGAGGUAAAGCCACCUCCAAGGAAGUGCACCUUUCUGACACCAUAUCGGGCGCUGUAUCCAUUUGCUGCUCGCAACGCAGAUGAGCUGACUCUGGAGGCUGGUGGAAUAGUGGAGGUGAAUGAGGGGACUGUCGGAGAGCCCGGCUGGUUCUAUGGCAGCUGCCAGGGCAGGCUGGGCUGGUUCCCACAGAGCUACGUGGAGAAAUGUCCCCCAGUGGACACAACAGACUCCCCCUUAAACGCCAACCACACUGGGGCUACUGAGUCGGUCAGAUCGGGUAGCCAGAGCACAGGGAGUCUGGCCCAAGAGAGUGCCCAGCCUCCAGGCCUUGUCUCUGGGUUAGAGGAGGCCCAGAUCUCUGCCUUCUCCUCCAGCCUGUCCAACCCACCUGGAGCCGCUCACACACAGCCUGAGCAGCAGGUUAAGGCGCUGUGCUCGUGGACGGCCAAGGCCGAGGGCCACCUCAGCUUCGCACAGGGUGACCUCAUCACGGUUCUGCAGCGUCAGGAGAACUGGUGGCUCGGAGAACUCAACGGAACCCAGGGCUGGUUCCCCAAGACGUACGCAGGCAUGGCAGUAGAGGGCGAGGCGACACCAGAACCGCUUUAUUCCGCUGUGGAUGAUUCUGAUACUUCUGAUGUCUGCCAUCUUGAAGAGUUUGUGGCCCUGUACACAUACGAGAGUCCGGAAGUGGGCGACCUGGCGUUCAGCGUGGGGGACACCAUCCUGGUGACAGAGAGGGAGGGCGAGUGGUGGAGGGGCUGCAUCGGAGACCACACAGGGGUCUUCCCCUCCAACUAUGUCAAGCCCCGAGAGUCCAGCGCGUCAAAACCUGGAGCUACCAGCAAGAAGCCAGAGAUUGUGCAGGUGACCACACCCUCCGUUGCCACGACAGCAGAGCAGCUGAGUCUGACUGCGGGUCAGCUCAUUCUGGUGCUGGCUAAGAACUCUUCCGGCUGGUGGCUCGGGGAACUGCAGGCUCGGGGCAAGAAGCGCCAGAGGGGCUGGUUUCCCUCGGCCAACAUCAAAGUCCUGGGCACCAACAGUGGGAAGUCCACACCAGCGCCACAGCCAAUUUGUCAGGUCAUCGCCAUGUACGACUACAAGGCUGCCAAUGAGGAUGAGAUGAGCUUCUCCAAGGGUCAGCUGAUCAGCGUACUCAACCAGGACAACGCUGACUGGUGGAAAGGAGAGGUCAAUGGGGCCACGGGGCUCUUUCCGACCAACUAUGUCAAAAUGACCACAGAGUCUGACCCGAGCCAGCAAUGGUGUGCAGACCUGAUGAGUCUGGACACCAUGAGCCCCCAGGAGAGGAAGAGACAGGGCUACAUCCACGAGCUCAUCCAGACCGAGGAACGCUAUCUGGAGGACCUGGAGCUGGUGCUGGAGGUGUUCUAUAAGCCCAUGGCUGAGUCUGGCCGGCUCACUGAGGCAGAGAUGGCUACGAUCUUCAUUAACUGGAGAGAGCUCAUCAUGUGCAACACCAAGCUGCUCAAAGCGUUGCGCGUGCGCAAGAAGAUGGGUGGCGAGCGCAUGCCCGUGCAGCUGGUGGGGGACAUCCUGGCUUCGGAGCUGGCCCACAUGCAGGCCUACAUCCGCUUCUGCAGCUGCCAGCUCAACAGCGCCGCCCUGCUGCAGAGCAAGACCGACAACGCGGCUGACUUCAAGGACUUCCUCAAGAAAAUAGCCACUAACUACCGCUGCCGAGGGAUGCCCCUGUCCAGCUUCCUGUUGAAGCCGAUGCAGAGGAUCACCCGCUACCCACUGAUCAUCAAAAACAUCCUGGAGAACACGCCGGAAGGCCAGGCUGACCACGGUCCCCUGCGUGAGGCCCUGGAGCGGGCGGAGGAGCUGUGUCUGCAGGUCAACGAGGGCGUCCGUGAGAAGGAGAACUCUGACCGCCUGGAGUGGACCCAGAGCCACGUGCAGUGUGACGGCAUCAUCGAGCAUCUGGUCUUCAACUCCUUGACCAACUGCCUGGGCCCGCGCAAGCUCCUCCACAGCGGCCGACUCCACAAGACCAAGAGCAACAAGGAGCUGUGGGCCUUCCUCUUCAACGACUUCCUGCUGCUCACCUACACCUCCAAGCCCUUCUCCUCGUCUUCCUCCUCCGCCGCUGACAAGCUCUUCAGCACCAAGUCCAACGCGCAGUACAAGAUGUACAAGACGCCGGUCUUCCUGAAUGAGGUCCUGGUGAAGAUGCCUUCUGACCCCUCCAGCGACGAGCCAGUCUUUCACAUCUCGCACAUCGACCGCGUCUACACGCUCAGGGCGGACAGCAUCAAUGAGAGGACCGCGUGGGUGCAGAGGAUCAAAGCGGCGUCGGAGCACUUCAUCGACACAGAGAAGAAGAAAAGAGAGAAGGCCUACCAAGCUCGCUCUCUCAAGUCCAGUGGUAUUGGUCGCUUGCUGGUGACGGUCCAGGAGGCCGCCGAGCUCAAGUCCUGCAAACCCAACGGUAAGAGUAACCCCUACUGUGAGCUGACGAUGGGGGCCCAGUGUUACACCUCCAAGUCCCUCAGUGACACGCUGAACCCCAAGUGGAACUUUAACUGCCAGUUCUUCAUCAAGGACCUGUACCAGGACGUGCUCUGCAUCACAGUCUUCGAGAGGGAUCAGUUCUCCCCUGAUGAUUUCCUCGGCCGCACUGAGGUUCCCGUGGCGACCAUCAAGAAGGAGCAGGAGAUUAAGGGCCCGGCCAACCGAAGGCUGCUACUGCACGAGGUGCCCACUGGCGAGGUCUGGGUCCGCCUUGACCUCCAGCUGUAUGACUCCGGGACUACCACUCACAAGUGACGACGCUAAUAUUUCACACUGAUCCCGGAUCAGAAUGGCAUGCAUUCGGACUAGCUUUUGAGUCUCUCCAGAUGGCUUCAGUGCAGCAAGGUUAUAUUGUCACAAAAAGAGCCAUCGAUGUUUGGAACGGGAUAUUGUUGUUUUAUUUGUUUGCUAUUCGUGGGGCCUCUCAUAACUUAUGAACCCACUCCUGCAAGGAUGAAAGCCACUCCCACUAAAACAACCCCAACCAAUCAGGACAGAAGGGCUUGGAGCUGGAUGCCCAAUCAGAGACUUUCUCGCCCAAUCAGACAACUUGUGUUUUGUUCCUAGAGCCCUGCUGACUCGGGUCCUGCUGGCAGAUGGAAAUCUGCUCCUAAUGUGCGACAGAAUCUGUUCCCGAGUCAGCUGAUUCUACUGAUAGCAUUCUUAUCAGCUUUGACACUAACCUCCAGCGGUGCUAAAGAGGCCCAGCGGUGAUGAAGUGCCUCACAUUACCACAGCGGCUCUGCCAGCUUUGUUUUACUCCCACCAGGCCACUGUUGCUUUCAAUUUCCUUUUUAGCUUUUAUGUGCGCGUCGCCAGCUUAGUAAAUUUCCUUGGGGAAGUUUUAUGUGACUUGCCAAAUGAAAAUAAGAAGAAAAUAGACGCAGGCUGUUUUAACAUGGUUUAAGGGGCCAAAUUAUCCUAAUUUGAUAGGGCUUUUUAGAGCUAAUGUGAAUUUGCACAGAACAAAAAUAACAUUCUGUCAAUACGCUUUUUUAGCAUUGCUGGAGUACCUGAAUCACAAAACUAAAAUAACGAACAGAUGUAGCUUCAACGUUUAUCCAAUGUGAUGAAAAUAUAUCUUUUCAUUUUAUUUGCAUGUUUUAAAUACAUGAGGUUGCAUUCAUGCAUUUUCCUGUAACUCACACUCACAGCCUCCAAUAGGAUGGAUCACCUCGGCAACACAAGCUAAAUAAAUCCACCUUUCCAAAGUCUCUGACGUCUUUUGAUAUUUCCAGAUGACAUUUCUGGGCUUUGACAUUUCAAGGUAAUCUGGUGAAAGGUUAGAUAGCUGUCAGCAUCUGAAGUCCUUAUCCUGCUUUACUCCAAUGGAGGUGACCUGAAGUCAUGCCAGUGAUGCUGUCACAGUAACAAUGUUGGAUGAGGUGACCGUGUCAAGCAUGUCAAUCACAUCUUUUAGGCUGGAGGAUAAAAGCACACAACUGUAACAGGAUGGUGUAUAGAAUGUAAAUAUUUAUAGUAUUUUAUAUUCGCCAUCAUUUUAUAUAAAAAUGAUGGCGAAUAUAUUCUUUUUAUUUCCCACUAUUUCCAUCUAAUGGUUACGUGGAGCUAUAGAUUAUUUAUUUCGGUUAAUUAAAAGUCUCCCUGAAUUGGUGUCUUAGGCUUUUAUUCUGUCACAUCUAGUUGUGAGAAAAAACAAAACAAAAAACACUUCCAAAACAUAAUCAAACAGCACUCAAAAGACAACAACUUCUUUGAUGAGGGAUUACAGUGUUUGAAUGACAUGUGAUGUGUGUGUUUAUAUCUCACUGCUCAUCUACUAUUGAACUUGUUCCUCCCC